CUCAGCCGGGCUGGCGCCGCUUCUGCCGUGCGAUGCCGGUGAAGGCGGAUACAUCCCCGGGGACUCAAUUCCCGUCCUCCCGCUCSCCGUGUCCCACGCCCCGACGGGAAGCGUUGCCGCUUCGCGUCCGCAUUCCUGCGCGGGGGGAUGCGGGAGCUGCCAGCGCCAGCAGCGGGGCGGCCCCCGGCCCUUCCCCUGGCGGGUGAUGCUCGCUGUGCCCCCGCCCGGAGGCGCAGCGMGGCCGGGGCAGGGCGGUACCGGCGGGGCGGUGCCGGUGCCCGGGGCGGUGCCGGUGCCCAGGGCGGGCCCCGGGGCUGGGCGAGGCGGAGCCCGUCGGGCAGCGAGGCCGGUCCCAUGGGAGCUCGAGGAAGACAACGGGCCGGUGGAUGCCCAUGGCUGUCAGCCCGGGGCUGCUGGUGGUGGCCGGUUCCUUCGCCGCUUUCCGCCUGCUGAACCGGGGGCUGGAGCGGCUGGUGCCGCCGCCGCCCUCGGCCCGGCGCAACCGCUGGAAGUGGCGCAACAUCUGGACAUCGCUGGCGCACAGCGUGCUCAGCGGCGGCGGGGCGCUGGCCGGCUUCUACCUCCACCCCGAGCUGUCCAAGGACCUGGUGGGCACACACCCGCCCGGGGCGCACAGCCUGGUCGCCGUGUCUGUAGGCUAUUUCCUUGAAGACUUUGUGGACUUGUUGUGCAAUCAGAAACUUCGUCAGUGCUGGGAGCUGCUCUUCCAUCACUCUGUGGUGAUUGUCUGCUUUGGCAUCGCCGUGCUGCUCCACCAGUACGUGGGCUUUGCCCUYGUGGCUUUGCUGGUGGAGAUCAACUCCAUCUUCCUCCACGUGCGGCAGAUCCUGCUCAUGGCCAACCUGGUGCACACCACCUGCUACCGCCUCAACAGCAUCAUCAACAUGGGCACCUACGUGGUGUUCCGCAUUGCCACGCUGGCCUGGAUGACCCGCUGGCUCUUCCUCAAUCGCCAGAACGUGCCCCCUGCCAGCUACGCCGUGGGCACGGUGGGCAUGGCAAUCAUGACGCCCAUGAACAUCAUCCUCUUCUACCGCCUGCUGCGGAGUGACUUCUUCAAAUCCAGCCGGGACAGGCAGCAGGAGAAGGAGGAAUAGCCCCCUUCCCUGGGAGGGUUGGGGAGAACAGUUCCAAACCCAUGGAGGAGGAGAGCAAAGCACAGUGGAGGAUGAACAUGGCUGUCUCAGUACCUUGCAGGGAAGGUCUGCACUAACAGAGCUUUUCUUGUGGCUGAAGAUCCUGGGCCUGGCGCAGCAGAGGAGGUGCUCAYGGAUCAGGGACUGUGGCUCUGCUCCCCAAACACCUUUGGAUGAUGUGGUUGGACAGUCGGGAGCUGCUCAGAGAAGCCUAAACAGCUGUCACAGCUCUCCCAGGCACCACUGAGAUGAGAAGGGGGCAGAGCAGCACUGUUUCCACACUGCUCUUCCAUAUAUCCCGACACCACAGGGUGCUCCCAACCCCUUUGGUGCUGCAGCCCCCAGUGUCCCAUCAGCCACAGGACACUGCAUCCUCUGUGGCAUUUCCCAUGAGAACAUCACCAGACAGGCUCCGAGGCUUUGCCUUUGAGGUGAUGGCCAGUAAAAACCAAACCCUGCACUGAUGAGCCCUCCCUGAGAAGACUGUCCCAGGUGGGUGAUGGAGGGAGAGGCUGAGACCUGGCUGGGUGGCUGCUCCCACUGUGGGGUCCAGUUCUGGGGCAGCCCCAACCUCUCCUGACAACAGGAGCUUUUCUCAUGUUGUUUUGUCCCCAGAUAAUUUAAGUGCCCAUAAAUGAGCGYGGGAGAGCACGAGUCACUGGCGGGAGGAUGCUGUGUGAUGGUCACUUCCCACAGAUGUGGAGUUUUCAGGCACCUUUUAGGAUUCAGACAUCUGUCGGGAAYGACAAGUCGUGCUGCAGACCCAGUGUAACGCUCUCACCCAGCAGCAAAGGCUCUUACUAACAUGAGCUUUUAAUAAAUGGCUGCAAAUGAAAUGGCUUGAGGGGAAGGGACUGAGAGGGGACAAAAGGACUCAGCACCYCAGCCCACUCUGGGGGUGUCACUGCUUAGCACAGUCCUUAUCCCAUGUCUCCCUGCCAUGGAGUGAAAAUACACUGUACACUGGCUCACUCUACCUCUCCUGGUUU